GCGAUGGUGAAAUUAGUGUUGGGGUGGUGAUGCUGCGUGGAAAUUGUGAUGAUGUUGAUGGUGAUGGUUACUCUGCGAUGGUGAUGAUGAUAGUGAUAGUCCGUGAAGAUGAUGGUGAUGUGACGAUGAUGCUGUUAAUUAAUGGAAUGGUGAUAAUGCGUGGUGGUGGGGGUGGCAGUAGUGAUGGUGGCAGUGCUAUGGAGGUGAUGGUGAUGGUGAUGCAUGUGGUGAUGGAGGUGCCUGUGCGUGUGUGGUGGGGGUGUGGUGGUGGUGCGGUGGUGGUGCGUGGUGUCAGUCACUGUGUUGAAGAGAUGAUGAUGGAUGUGCGUUUGGUGACAAUUGUGAUGUGGUGACAGGGGUGAAAAUGACGCUUAUUGUACUGAAUGACGAUAAUGAUGAUGAUGAUGAUGAUGAUGGCAGCUGGAGGGAGGGGAGGAAAACAGCGCCAUUAACGACGUGGCAGUGGUAGUGGUUAGUCAGUUUGCAGUGCCAUUAGUGGGUCCCCCUAACGAGUUGACGAUGCCAUUAGACUGAAGAGAGAGUAAACAGUGCCAGAAGUUAACAGCGCCAGAAGUAAGUAGUGCCAGAUGGAUAGUUAACAGUGCCAAGGGAACAAGUGACGUGACUAUGAAAUGCAACUCAAUCAAUCAAUCAGUAAAUAAAUAAAUAAGUGAAUAAAUGAAUAAUAUAGUACAGCAUAAAGUUAACAGUGAUGAGUAGUGAACCGUGACAAAUAUACUAACAGUGCCACGAAGGAAGUUAACAAUGUCAGGGUGAAGUUAUUAGUGCCCUUAGGUAGUUGGAAAUGCCCCAAUCUGAAGUUAAAAGCAAUUAGAAGUUAUCAGAGCAGUGUGAUGAAGUUUGUGGUGACAGAGAAAAGUUAUGAGUGACAGUGUGAAGUUGUUAGUGCGUUCGGGUGCCUGAAAAAUGACCAAUGUGAAGUUAGAAGUAAUUGGAAGAUGUCAGAGAAGUAUGAUGAAGUUUCAGUGACAAAAAAAUAAAAAUAAACAACGAAAAAAACAAACAUUGAUAGAGUGGUAAAAAGAAGAGUUGGUAAUUAAAAUAGAAACUUACAGUGCCAUAGAAAGAAAUUUAAUAAGAGUAUAAUGAAGUUUGUUGUGACACAGAAAAGCAAACAACAACAAAAAAGAACAUUAAUAUAGUGCUAAAAAAAAAAAAAAACUGUAAAUCGGAAAGAGAAACUAACAGUGCCAGGGAAGUUAAAACAGUGACGGUGGAAAGUUGAAAGAAAGUUUACUAGGCUCGUCGAGAAUGAUAUGCAGUGCCAUUUAAUAGUGCCAGGAUCCUGUGGCACUGACGGAAGGGCAUCAACAGUGAGGGAGCGGAGAGAGACGACGGCAGUGACGGCAAUGGAGGCAGCUGAAGGGCAAAAACAACAACAACAAAAGUCCGCUAGACGCUGCUCCGAACAAAAGCAGAGAGAACGAGAGGGUAAAAUAGAGGUUGCAGUGAAGUAAUAUUUUUUUCCAGGAAGAUAAAUAGAAAAAGACAGACCAAAAAAAAAAAAAGAACUGAGUGAUGUAAAAAGAAAAAAGUGAAGAUAGUGAUGGAAAGCCUUUUUAUAACUUCUUGCGUCACACUCUGAGCGCGUGAUGACGUCUUGUGCUUCUCUCCGCCGCUGAAGUGACCGUCGUUUUCUGUGUGUGCUGGAGCCCGCGGAAUCGAACGUCUGGCAUUUAAUGUAAGAAUAAAACACAAAAGACUACAAUAGGAAGCCUUGGAAUCGAACGUCUGGCAUGUGGCGUGCGGCGAUACCAUAGAAAAAUAGACUUGUUCGUGAGCGUGAGGAGCGCAGCACAGCGGGGGAGCAGCCAUGGAGGGCCGUACGUGGGAGGGACUCAUUCUCAUGGACAGAGAAAACCUGGACUCGGAGCACGGGCGCGACGAGUAUCGGAAGGAGGGCGUGCAGGAGACCUUUCAGUCCCUCAUCACCAAGACCUGCAUCUCAUUCACCCACGAGGACGGCCACUUCGAGAGCACGAGCAGCGAGGGUGAGGAGAGUGUGGUGAGUUGCAUCCUGAAGAACGACGUAGAAGAGACUCACUUUAAGAACACCAGCUGCGGAGGGGUUAAGGAGAGUGAGGGAGAGGAGAAACAGAUGAGGGAGGGGAGAAAUAACAAGCCUGGGGAUAGAGAACUCUUUGGCGAGGAUGAUCACUUCGAGAGCUCCAGCGACGGCGAAGAAAGCGUGGAUGGCAGCGGACUGAAGACGGAGGAGAAGGCCGAGGGGACUGAUCCAUACAGCGAGGACGUGGACACGGUAAUCGAGACCCACUAUGGAGAAUUUUACGUUGACAAUACAGAGGACGAGGACUCGGUUAAUGCAGAUAAGACCCACCAUGACCAGAUAUCCCAAAGCGUUGCGGACAAAGAUGAGAAAGCAACGACCUUCAGCGAGGCUCACCGUGUCCCUCCGAAGUCCUGCGAGGCUGAAAGAUUAUCCUUCUGUAGACAAUGCGAGGAAGGACCCAUCUGCUGUGUCGACCUCAGUGACGGGGACGCAAGGGUGACGGAAGAGCAUACUAGCGGCGGCAGGGAGGACUAUGGAAAGGGUGAAGGUCCGCAGGGAGGUAAAGAAGUAUGUGCCGUUGAUGUGCUUCUUGGUCAUGGCGAAGAGGGAGAGGAGGAGCGUAAUGAUGUGAGGGGAGAACUUGUCAUGGGCAUUGGAUCACAGACAGGAGAACAAGAACAUGAACAGCAACAAGAGCAGCAAGAACAACAAGCCAAACAAAUGAAGAAAGAAGACAAACAGGAAGAAUCACAAACAGGAGAAGAUGAGGACGCGGAAGACUACCUCACUGAAGACGAAGAAAGCGAUGACGGGAGUGACAGCGGAGGGUACAGCUUGGACGAGGCACUAUCAUCAUCACAAUCAGUAGAGGACAUCAGCGCCAACGAGACUCAGCUGUACGAACGAGAAUCUGACACUUACUAUCGAUGUCAGGAGCCUCUUGAAGUGAUACUCGAGAUUCUAGGGGAGGAAGGGGACGACGAAGGGAAACAUAGUCACACUCAGCAUAAGACAAAGGCAUUAGUAAGCUCUGAGGCUCCGAGUGGACAUGGUUAUGGCUCUGAGGACGAGGAUACACUCUGUGGCAGCGAGGAGUUCAGUGCUGACAGUCUUGAGGAUUGUUCUGACGCCACCCAAAGCAAAACUGACAGGCCAAGUAUGAGUAAGGAUAAGUCUAGCAUUGUUACCCCCUCCGAGUGUAGAGAUAUGAAAACACAGAGCACCAGGGCAUUAUUGAAGACCAAAAAUGUGCGCGAGGAGUCGAGUAACACGAGGAAGGACAAGAACAAGAGCAGUAAAUCGAUAUCCACAAGAGUCAAAGGUCGUGAGGUAUCGGAUAGGGACAAACUGAAGUGCCUUACGUCUGAGAUCGAGGCUUAUCUCAAAGAAACGACCCUGCUGCUGGAGAGCGCCGCCAGCCACUGCAGCCCCAAGAAGAAGGACCACUGCAAGGAAACGACGACCACUACGACGACCUCAGACCACACUAACAUGAAGGGCCCAGAAGGGUCUUGCACUGAGGAAACAGAAACAACACUUGACCACGCCAUGACGACCACUGGCUUCGACUCGCCUCCGGUACCAUUAAGGACGAGCUCGAAGUGCAUUGGUGGAGCAGACAUACACGACCAUGACCCUUGUUCCUCACCUUCCCUUUAUACAAUAACGGCCAUGACACCCACUGAUGCACCCUCACCAGACACCACUUCCACUUCGCAAUAUGGAGACUCACACAUCUAUACUAAUAUCACGAAUACUACGAACACCACAGUCGCUUCUUCGCCCACCGCCACCUCCACCGUCACCAGUACUCGCAAUGAGGCAACAGAUAGGAACCUGGCCCUUUUGGAGAGGCUCUGGGCACCCAUCACAAGCUCCCUCAACAACUCCUUCUCCAGCGAAGGGAUAGAGAGCAUGUCCGAGGGUUCAUCACGAGACUAUGUAACCGCGAACUCCUCUUUUGUAACGCUCGAAGGUGACAAGAGCAACAUCGAACUCAGCGUCGAGAGAGAACCAUCGCCACAUCGAAGUCUCCCUCUCAGCGAUGUUACGAGUGUGUACCAAACCGUGAGGGAGACCAGGGAGAUGGAGAGUCAGUAUUUCUCACUACUGGAAGCCUCGAUUGAAGCUGUGGAUGCCUUAGAGUGGGAGGAGAGGCAAAGGGCGGCGCGAGUAGCAUCCCCGACCUUCUAUGUCCCCUCGCAAAGGUCUGAAGAGGAUGAGUACUUCUUCACGAGUCUGGAGAACGCUGGGGACAACUGGCUGACGAUGUAUGAUGAACCUGGGGAGUGCCUCGAGUCCCCCAGCCUAACCCAGCUCUCAUCUCCUCUAAGUGAAGACAACAAGGAAGAGGAAGGGACCAGUAAAUGGGACGGAAUAAGAUCCACUCUGAACCCUCCACCUCGUCCUCCCCCUCCUCCAGGUUUUCUUCUUUCUUCUUCGCCUUAUUCUCCUUUUCCUCCUCGUCUUUCUUCUCCACCUCCACCACCUCCUCCUCCUCCUCCUCGCUCAAGUUUUAAGGAUCUUGAGGAUGAGAGGAUCUACUAUGAGCUAGAAGGAGUUGCCCUUCCCUUCCCUUCCUCCUUCUCUCCAGCACAUCGCCCUCUUCCUCCUCCACCUCCGCCUUCCCCUCCUCCUCGCUCGAGCAGCAUGAACGUGGUGGAGGAGGAGAUCUAUGUGAAUGUUCUUCCUUCCUCAGCUUCACCUUAUCGACCUCCUCCUCCUCGCCCUCCACCUCCCCCUCCACCUCGUAAUCCUCCUCCUCCAAGUCUCCCUCCCCGCCCAGAGUCCCCACCGUCAACCGUCUCGCUCCUGGCAAGCCUCGAGAAUCUCUGCAUGACUUGGGACAUGAAGAAGCGAGAUCGGGAAGGAGGGAAUGAUCGGGAGGAGACACGGAGAGCAAGCGACUUCGAAGUUAAGAAGAGAACCUCAGAAGUACUCACUAACUCCGUGAACACUGCUGACGAAGGGGAUUUGAGUUCUCGUGAUCCUCUGAUAAGCGAAGCAAGGGCAACGAGAGUGCAUGAUGGACCUGACGUCACCUCGGGCGUUAAUACAGAGAAGCCGAAUAGCAAAGUUACCCAUGGAAGUGCUGCAAGUCAGCCAACGAGAGAAAACGUCAAGUCUCUCCACAAGAUCGGGGUAACUAACAAAAUCAUCUCUAGUCAGGUAAGAAUAAGCGCCAAACUCGAGGAGAUAUUCAGAGACGCAGAGCGAGAGAUGCGAACAUUGACAAACAAACAAGCCCUGCAGACACCCACACGCCCUGAAGCAGCUUGUAGGAAGGACGAGGAUAAGAACACAAUCAGGGAAGAGGAGAAUGAGUACCUGAACGAAAGGUUACAAGAGGCGAGAGAUCUUCAGAAACAACUUGAUGAUAUCUUGAGUGGUAUGGAUGCUAUGUACGAGGAGCACCUGGGAAAGCUGAGCACACUGAACGAGGAACACCAGACCCACGGAACAGGGGCACAGCGAGGCACACAGACGAAGACGCAGAGCUCUGAGAGGACAGCGUUUCAGGACAUCCUCAACAUCUCCGAGGAUUUGAAGCAUAUUUGUAUGUUUCACGUGAACAAGACGGAAGGUGGGGAGUACAGGCUCUCUGAUAUCACUUCUUCCACCACCUCCUUCACUCCACCUCCUGCGUCCAUUCAUUCACCAUCAUUCAACCAAAGAGGCACUGAAGAAACGACACCCAAGUUACUAAACACUCCAGUAGGUGACUCAGUACGCAAGGGCGGCUACGAGAUGUCUUCAGGAGUACGAGGUGUGACUCCAAUACGCCAGCAGCCUGAAGGAGAGGCAGCCAGUCAUUCUGUUCCUGAAGGAGGCGUGGUGGAAGACGACUUCGACGACGACUCCGCCAGGCUUCUCCGCUUCCUUCAGGACCUUCGAGCUAAGAACCUUCAGUGCUACGAGCUGCCGCUGAAGUACCUGACGCAGCUGAUCCUGUACACUGCUGACGGAGGCGCUGACGGAGGGGCUGACGGUGCUGCUGCGGGCACGUUGACCACGGGGACGAAGACGACCCGCCACGACAUGGGAAAGGCCACGCGUCCCCGCCAGGCCGCCUCUCGGUUGCCAGACGCCGCAGGAUCGACGAGUCUCCCAGGGCAAGUACCGCCGCCCCCGCCCCCCUUGCUCUGCCCCGGGUACUUGGCUGGGCUGAGGGCACGGACGGCGGGAAAGACUCAAUAACAAUCCCGAAAUAUCCCGAGAAAACACGAGAAAUUAAGUUAACUAUCACUAACGAUGUGUUGUAAUGAGUUACGUGAGUGUAUCGUUGUGGCAUUAUACGAUCGAGGGACUGGUGUGUGUGUGUGUGUGUGUGUGUGUGUGUGUGCCGCCUCGCGCGUGGGGUCAGCCAGCGUCUCAGCCCCCGGAGUCAGUAAGGCGGGCGGGCUCGUGGAAGGCGGUGCAGUGUGUGUGGUUCUCGCUGUGCUCUCGUCACUGCACGGUACACACGCACGUACACAGACGCACACACAUACACGCCCAUAGACACAUAGAGGCGGACAUUAAAAACAGUGGGCCGUUGAACAGGCAGCAUUGAAAUUACUCUCACACACACACACACACACACACACACACACGCACACAGUUCAAACACACAAAAAUGCCUGGAAAUGCCAAACUAUUGAUUGAUAUAUAACGACAACAGCUUCAGUGAUCGAUUUGAAGGUCGGUUACCUGGUUACAGUACCUGCUUACCUGUAUUGCCGAUGCCACUUGAGCGGGACACCUGACUGGGAAUACAUCAACGAAGGACACGAAGCCGGCAUACUAAGUGUCAAAGUGAUCCCUGAAGGUGUGAGUCAUCGGUUACCUGGCACCCCCCGUUACCUGGCAGUCAUUACCUGUGUGCCUGACCCUGCAUGUAUGACCGCACCUCACCGCCAAGACACAGUGCUGGUGAGCUGUGAGUGUCUUAUAGUGAUUUCUGAGGCUAAUAAACGAUUCCUGGGUGCGUUAAAUGAUCACCAAGGGCGUUAAUGAUAACCAAAGUGCGUUAGUUAUCACCGAGGUGCGUUAUCGUUGGUCUAAAGGCGAAUAGAAUGACGAAAAACGUAGAAGGUGACCCCCAAGUCUACAAAAUCACCGUGCGUUAAUACUGACCCGAGAGUGCGUUAGUCACCUCAAAAUGCAUUCCUAUUAAACUACGAGUGCGUUAAACUUCACCAGGGACGUUAAUAUUGACAAGUGCGUUCAGAAUCACCAAAAAUUGACCCUCAAGUGCAUUAGUGGUGACCUGGAGUGCGUGUGAGUGGUGACAAGUGUGUUAGCAAAGCCUCUGAGGUCCCUGAAGGAGAGGAGUGAGAACCAAGACGAUCACGACCACUACAUCAUGUCAGUGUGUGUGGUGGGUGAAGGCGCCGGCGGGGAGACAACUGCACCGGCGGGAGGAGGAGGAGGAGGAGGAGGAGGAAGCGUUGGGGAUCUAGUGGGGGGGACUCUAUGCAUACGGGUCGGGUCCCCAUGUCCACCAUCCUCCUCGUCUUCCUCCUACGGUGUUCCCUUCGAUUCUUACCCUCCUGACGGUACCCUGACGCCGGCCACGCUUUCCCACGCCGAGGAAGAGAGCGAGAAUGAGACCGAUGAUGAGGUAAGAUGAGAGUCGCUCCGUGCAUGCGUCCUCGUCCUUAUGUCCUCGUCCUUGUCUGCGUCCUCGUCGGCUUUGCGUGUCCGUUUUCUGUGCAUGUUUGUGUUGUGUUGAGAGCA